AUGACUUCAUCGGAGGUUUCUUACAAUCGCAAAAUAAUAACGGAAGAUUUGUCGAAUGUCGAGUUUGAUACCAGUGAAGAUGUGGAAGUUAUACCAACUUUCGAUUCAAUGGGCUUACGAGAUGAGUUGCUACGAGGAAUCUACACCUAUGGUUUCGAGAAGCCGUCUGCAAUUCAGCAAAGAAGUAUAUUGCCAAUCGUUAAAGGAAGAGAUGUGAUAGCUCAGGCGCAGUCUGGUACAGGCAAAACAGCCACAUUCUCAAUUUCCAUUCUGCAAUCCCUGGACACAACUUUACGUGAAACCCAAGUCCUGGUGUUGUCGCCAACUCGGGAGUUGGCUACUCAGAUCCAAAAAGUGAUACUUGCUUUGGGUGACUUCAUGAAUGUUCAGUGUCACGCUUGUAUCGGAGGCACGAAUCUUGGAGAAGAUAUCAGGAAGCUGGACUAUGGACAGCAUGUUGUCUCAGGAACACCAGGACGAGUUUUUGAUAUGAUUCGCCGACGCGUACUAAGAACCCGUUCGAUCAAGAUGCUGGUCCUUGAUGAAGCUGACGAGAUGUUGAACAAGGGGUUCAAAGAGCAGAUCUAUGAUGUAUACCGCUAUUUGCCACCUGCAACUCAAGUAGUUCUUAUUUCUGCCACAUUACCCCAUGAAAUUUUAGAAAUGACCUCGAAGUUCAUGACAGAUCCUAUCAGAAUCCUGGUCAAACGUGAUGAGUUGACACUAGAAGGAAUCAAGCAGUUCUUUGUAGCAGUAGAACGUGAGGAAUGGAAGUUUGAUACCCUCUGCGAUCUUUAUGAUACCUUAACCAUCACUCAGGCAGUGAUCUUCUGCAACACAAAGAGAAAGGUAGACUGGCUCACACAAAAGAUGCAGGAAGCUAACUUCACAGUCAGCUCAAUGCACGGAGACAUGCCUCAAAAAGAAAGAGAUAACAUUAUGAAGGAGUUCCGUUCUGGUCAAAGCCGUGUACUCAUCACAACUGAUGUUUGGGCGCGAGGUAUCGAUGUGCAACAAGUGUCCCUAGUCAUCAACUACGAUUUGCCAAACAACCGUGAGCUGUACAUCCACAGGAUCGGCAGAUCAGGACGAUUUGGACGCAAAGGUGUGGCCAUCAACUUUGUCAAAUCUGAUGAUAUCAGGAUUCUUAGAGAUAUUGAACAGUACUACUCCACUCAAAUUGAUGAGAUGCCAAUGAAUGUGGCUGAUUUAAUAUAA